AUGUGGGAGUUAAUUGUCAUCAAAAUAGACAAAUGACACAUCUCAAACGUAUUUAAAUACCAACUAAAUUACAGAUUUUUCACUACAAUUGUGAGUUCUGUGUUUUGUGUAUUGUUUUAUUCUUUAUGGAGUGGAGAAGAGGACCCGUCAUUGGCCGUGGCUCCACCGCCACGGUGUCACUGGCCACGGUGGUUCCUUCUGGCGAGCAUAUAGCGGUGAAGUCCACGGAGCUUUCCAAGUCUGAGUUUUUACAAAGAGAGCAAAAUUUCUUGUCCAAAAUGAACUCUCCUUACAUAAUUAAGUACGGAGGGUUCAGUGUCACAGAACAAACGUACAAUCUUUGCAUGGAGUUUGCGCCCGGCGGCUCACUUUUCGAUGAAAUUCAAAGGCAUGGAGGAAGAUUAAACGAGCAGAGGAUUAAAUUCUACACGAGCCAGAUCCUCGAAGGCUUGAAUUAUCUUCACAUGAAUGGAUUGGUGCAUUGUGACAUCAAAAGCAAGAACAUUUUGAUAGGCAAAGAUGGUUUUGCAAAGAUUGCCGAUCUGGGUUGUGCUAAAUUUGUGGAGAAAUUUGAUGACAAUAAAAAUUUUGCAGUGUCAGAAUUUUGUGGUACACCGGUGUUCAUGGCGCCGGAGGUGGCAAGACGAGAGGAACAAGGGUUUGCAGCUGAUAUAUGGGCUGUUGGGUGCACAAUUAUUGAAAUGGCCACUGGAACUAAUCCUUGGCCGGAGCUGAAUGACCCGGUUUCCGCCCUUUACCGGAUCGGAUUCUCCGGUGAGGUACCAGAGACACCGCGGUGGUUGUCGGGGGAGGCGAAGGAGUUCUUGAGCAAGUGUAUGAGAAAAGAUCCCAAUGAGAGAUGGACAGCUAAAGAGCUUCUUGAACAUUCAUUUGUUAGUGAAGUAUUUGAGUCUCACAGUUGCUUUAAUGAAGAAGUUGAUAUGAGUUCUCCAUGCACAGUUUUGCAUCAUGGCAUUUGGGAUUCCACAUUAAGCCCAGAAAACUCAACACAUAGAGUUAGCUCUUUGAAUUCUUCCGGCGAAAAGAUUCAGAAAUUGUUUGGAAGUGCCGCAAAUUGGAGCUGGGAUGAUGAAGAUUGGAUCACAGUUAGAACAAAUGAGGAUCAUACUAUUGAAGAAACAAAUGAAUUAUCAGCUCCAACAACAUUAGUUUUAGAUUUUGCUUCUGCAGAAGAAGUUCAAAGUUCAAUUUUUUAUGAAGAUUUAUUGUUAGAAUCCUCUGUUGAAAGUACUACUUUCACAGAUGAUUAUUUUGUAUUGAGAAAUAUUUGUUUUGAGACAGAUAAUAAUGAAGAUUCAUGUUUGAUUCAAUCUCAGUUAUAUUUUCCUUUACUAUUUUCAUUUCAGAUUCCAUUUUUCUGGUUUAAUUUUGGUUUCUUCACUGUUCCUACUGAUGAGUUUUGA